CUACGAUACCAUACUUGAACUUUGAAGAAGACCGGUGUCACACAGUGUUGCAACGAGUCUGUUUAAUUGCUACAAAUAUACCUUAUUUGCAUUGACCAAAUGCAUAUUCCGUCAUUUUUUCAUAUUCCACUGAAAAUUCUGUAACUAAAGAGAUACAAAGAAGGUUAUUCUGAGGAAGAGAGAAGAGAUAAGAUAUCAUCAUGCCUUGUUGGUAUUACGAGAAAGAGGAUCUGGAGAAUACGCCCUCUAUCAAGGAUGGGAUAGAUCCUGGCACCGAGGCUCGUUAUCGCAGAGAGGGCUCACGCUUUAUCAUCGAGGCCGGAACUACACAGAAACUACGUUAUGAUACCAUGGCUACUGGAGUUGUGUAUUUUCAUCGUUUCUACAUGUUUCAUUCAUUCAAGGAGUUUCCUCGAUAUAUCAUGGGGGCAGCCUGCCUGUUUCUUGCUGGUAAAGUUGAAGAAACUCCCAAGAAAUGCAAGGACAUCAUCAAGAUUGCCAAGAAUAUCCUUUCUGAGCAACACUUUGCUGCCUUUGGUGAUGACCCCAAGGAGGAGAUCAUGACACAUGAAAGAAUCCUUCUUCAGACUAUCAAGUUUGACCUUCAGGUGGAACACCCUUACAGCUAUCUCCUGAAGUACGCCAAGACAUUCAAAGGAGACAAGGAUAAGAUACAGAAGCUUGUUCAAAUGGCAUGGACCUUUGUAAAUGACAGUCUGUGCACCACAUUAUGUCUCCAAUGGGAACCUCACAUCGUAGCGGUGGGAUUCCUCUACUUGGCCGGUAGACUGUCCAAGAGUGACCUGAUGGACUGGUCAGGGAAGGCUACCAAGAACAGAUGGUGGGAGCAACUGACCGAGGACAUUUCCCUGGACAUCAUGGAAGAAAUUUGUCACAAGUUGCUAGACUUGUAUGCUGCUGGUCAGCACAAAGGACCUGGCUCUCAGGGUACUCCUACUAAGGCUCCUCCUAAAAGACCUAAACCAAAACCAGCCCAAGAUGGAGGCCACGGAGAUCCAAAAGCAAAGAUGAUCAAACAAGAACACCCGAGAGAGAAACAGAGACCACCACCUCCUCCUCCCCCAUCAAGUGGAUCGGCUCCCCCAUCUCAUCCUGCUCAUGCUGCUGUUAAACAUGAAAGGCGCCAAGCAUCACCGGCACCACCUCCUCCUCCCCGUGCGCAUACCAGUGGAUAUCCAUCAUCUAGUACUCACCACCCCCAUCAGGGUCCUUCAGCCCCACCACCACCACAGCAACCUGCUCACCAGCAGGCACCACCUCAUCAAGCACCGCCAAUCCAGGCACCUCCUCACCAAGCACCUCCACAGCAGGUACCUCCUCCACAGGCACCACAUGUCCCUCAUCAGGUACCACACCCAGCCCCACAUUUACCAGCACACCCAGUAUCUACACCAGUCCCCCCUCCUGGGGCACCGCUGCACCAGCCCCCUCCAACCCAGCACCAUCAACCCCCAGUUGGGCAUCAUCAACCACCCCAACAAACUGUACCAACCCCUGCACCACAGGUCCCACCACCACCGGCUACAGUGGCGCACCCAAAUCCUUAUCAGCAGGUACCAGCCUACACACCCCAGAAUCCCCCUGCAUCUACAUUUGCAGCACCUCAAUACAGUAAUCCGCACUAUUCCACUGGAUCUGUACAGCCACCCACUUUUCCACCAGCCACAAAACCUCAACCAGUGAUUCCCCCUCCAGUACCCAUUCCAGCCCCUGCUCCAGCACCUGUUCGAGCUCCACCUCCUGCUCCAGGUCCUCCUCCCGUCUCAAGUUCAGGCCAUCAGCCAUCUUCUCAGCCACCAUAUCAGAUACCAGGGCAGUUUAUGAAUCACCCUCCACCUCCAACUUUACCACACACCUACACCAGGCCGCCACCAGUGACGACACCAGCCCAACAGUACCAACAGCCGCCGCCUGCACCUUCAGCUGUACCCCAGCAACCACCCAUGUACCGGCCACCUCCACCACCUGCAAGACCGCCAGCACCAGGAAUACCCCAAACGACACCUAGCAUGCCACCACAGUUUCCUCCUCGGCAAUUACCUCCAGUGCAGCUGCCUCCAAAUCAAGCACCACCCAGCUUACCCAAUCAGUAUCAACCUCCUACACCUCCUAUUCCUACUCCUCCUACCAGUCAGUAUCGGCCUCACACGCCACCAGUGUCCCAUCCAGCAGCGCAACCCCAGUACAGCUUCUCAAGAUCCCAGUCAGGGGAGACACCCACAGCAACUCCUCCUGCCCCUCCUCCUCCCGGCAUAGCACCACCCAACUACAGACCGCCACCCAGCGGCCAGCCAGCACCCGGUCAGCCCCCUGUUGAUGAGUCCAUGAUGAGUAUUGCCCAGGAAUAUGCUGCCAAGCAGCUCCAGAGUAUGGGGGUGCCUCGCAGUGUGGCCAUGCAACCGGUUACCCGAUUUGGUGGGCCACAGUCACAGCAGAGUUCCAGCAAUCAACCGCCUGGGACAGUAGGUAAACAGCAGCAGCAGCAAGGAAACUUCAAUUCUGGCCUUGCUACUGUUCGUAUCACUGGUCGUGAAAUGAUGGGCAGGAGGCCAUCACAUGGUGGUGGCAGUGGCGGCGGCGCAGGUGGUGCAGGUAGUUCCUACAGAUGAAGCUCAUGAGUUCAACUGAACUUCCGUUAUUGUUUUAGGUCAAGGUAAAAUUUUUGGUUCAUUGUAUAUCAUAUAAUUGCUGUAAUAUAUGAAGCCUCUUUUAGAGAGGGAGGAAAAACAUAAGUUGUAUGCAGUAUAACUUCCAG